AUGUGUACCCCUAUCAACCAGAUCUUUCCUCCGGCACCAACAUUCGUGGAGAAAGACAUUCCUGACCUCGCAGGUAAAGUUGUAAUAGUGACCGGAUCAACCUCGGGCGUGGGCUAUGAAACAGCCAGUAUCCUCUAUUCAAAAAACGCCACCGUCUACAUUGCUGCUCGUUCCUCCGAAAAAGCUGAAAAGGCAAUCAGCUUGAUCAAACUUCUCCCUGAAUGCUCAAACAGCCAAGGUCACCUGGCAUAUCUCCCACUCGACCUUUCGGACCUGAGCAGUAUCAGAAGCAGCGUGGAUCAGUUUCUUGCACAACAAAACCGGCUAGAUGUUUUGAUACAAAAUGCGGGGGUAAUGACACCCCCAGCAGGCAGCAAGACUAAACUGGGUCACGAUCUCGAAAUCGGAACGAAUUGCCUAGGACCAUUUCUCUUCAACACGCUGCUUCGUCCAGUACUCAAAAGGACCGCAGCAAACGCGCCCGCUGACAGUGUACGCGUCAUAUGGCUCUCUUCUAUGGUUGUUGCUUCUGUUCCACCGGGAGGGAUUAUCCUUGACAAACAAAGUGGCCAGCCACAAGUUCUCAAAAGUGCCAUGGAGAAUUAUAUGCAAAGUAAGGUUGGCAAUCUUUUCUUUGCCAGUGAGAUGGCAAGACGGCACAACGAGGAUAGAGUUAUUCACUUGAGCGUCAACCCGGGACUUAUGAAGACUGAGCUUCAGAGAAACAGCCCCGCCAUCCAAAGCAUGAUUAUGGGUGUUGUUUUCAAAGCUCCUCGAUAUGGGGCGUACACUGAGCUCUUUGCUGGAUUCUCUCCGCAGGUGACUUCUGCCCAGAACGGAUCAUUUGUUAUUCCAUGGGGUCGAUUUGGAUCGAUCCCUUCCCAUAUUGAGAAAUCCUUGGAGCCCCCCAAUGAAGGAGAACCAAGCGUUGCAGAACGCUUCUGGGGCUGGUGUGAUAAGGAGACAGCUCCUUAUCAAAAAGGACUUGCCAGGUGA